AUGCAGAUGAGUUCGUUCAGCACCAGGGCGCUCACGCUUCUCUCCUCCGUGUUCGGGGCCUGCGGCUUGCUCCUGGUCGGGGUUGCCGUGUCAACGGAUUACUGGCUCCUGAUGGAGGAGGGAAUUGUGCUACAGCAGAACCAGACCACGGAGGUGAAGAUGGCUCUGCAUUCAGGCCUCUGGAGGGUCUGCUUCGUCACCGGGCCAGAGAAAGGGAGGUGUGUGGCAUCUGAAUACUUCACUGAGCCAGAAAUAGAGAUCACGACUGAAAACACAGCAAACAUACUGAAGAUGGUAAGGACAGCCACGCCCUUUCCCAUGGUUUCCCUCCUGUUCGUUUUCACCGCCUUUGUCAUCAGUAACAUUGGACAUAUCCGCCCCCAGCGCACCAUCCUGGCCUUUGUUUCUGGAAUUUUCUUCAUUCUCUCAGGUCUAAGUCUGGUGGUGGGGCUGGUCUUGUACAUCUCCAGUAUAAAUGAUGAGGUGAUGAAUAGACCCAGAGAGCCAGAGCAGUUCUUCCACUACCACUACGGCUGGUCCUUUGCAUUUGCCGCUAGCUCCUUUCUCCUUAAAGAGGGUGCGGGUGUGAUGUCUGUGUACCUGUUCAUGAAACGCUACGCUGAGGAAGAGAUGUAUCGGCCCCAUCCUGCUCUCUAUCGCCCCCGUCUGUCGGAGUGCAGCGAUUACAGCGGGCAGUACCUGCACCCAGAGUCCUGGCCUCCUCCGCAGCGCGGCCGCAGCGUGUCUGAGGUCUCCAGUGACAUCUCCAUCCAGCUAAACCAGACUCCUCCACCACCUCCACCCAAAAGCGGCGGCCCUUCGAAUCCUCCGUCCUCAGGUCCCUCCUCAGGGGCAAGUUUCCACCUCCCUGCACAUUCCUCCUCCUCCUCUUCCUCCUACCCUCACGACCUCCAUUCCCCACAUGCCGGUGGCCCUGCGCCCCAGGCCCUGCCCUUGGUCACGCCCCCUUCUCCGGUACCGCCUCCCCACUACCACGCACACAUGCGCAUGGGUGCCUCGCCCUGCUAG